AUGAGCCGCAACGCCCCUCACAACGUGGAGCUCCAACAGCCGCCUCAGGCCCCUUAUGCGACGCACCGCUCGAACCACAGUCGAAAGAUCUCGAGUCCCGUGGUCGGCGACCAAGUGCACAGCUUCGACGACGUGGACAUUACCGGCCUUCAACCACCACCUUCCGCUUUAACACCCACUACUGCAACGGCAUAUGACCCACAUGCACCUUCCCCACUAGAAGACUUCCCUCGAUCUGGCCGAACACAUCAGCGGACAUUGACUGGCACUAUCUUCGACAACUUCAAUCGCGCAACAUCGACAAUCCAGCAACAUACUUCAAGAGCAUCUUCACCUACAAAGUCCUUGGCAAGCUUCAUCCCCUCCAGAGGCGCUAUCGAGUCCAGCGCUAGCCAGCCUAAGAUUAGGGCACUCCAAAACUGGUUCAACGGCUCCUCUGCACCCGUGACGCUGGGUGUCGGACAGCAAGACGAGUACUCGGAUUCUGGUUCGGAGUCGGGAGAGGAAUACGACUCUGAGUCUGAGGAGGAGGAAGAGCAGAGAGGCAGCAACAUGAUGACCAACCUCUUCAACCGCGGCUCUUCCCUUACGAGGGGCACAUCGCAGAGCCCGAGACGAUCAGACGACACCCAGACCCCGAGCAAGGCCCCGAGCCAGCCCACCACUAGCAGCAAGUUCGCGUGGCUGCUGUCCACGCAAAAGAACGCCGCUGUACCCCCUCCGCAGCAGUCUCCCACAUACCACAACCCCGACGAUGAGCUCCUCAACUUGAGCAUCUCGCAGUCGCUCUUCCCACACGGACCUGCCGAUCCACUGGCGCCCUCUUCCUUCCACGACCUCCUCACCAACGCCGAAGCGCUGCUCUCUCGCUACCAGACUGCAUACCGCCAACUCUCUACCGCGUUGGGAGAUGCACAUGCCGAACAAAGUGCGCAGGAUGACGAGCUUGACGAGGCUGAGACACGAGCAAGGCAUUUGAAGAUGCAGCUGGAGACAAUGGCGGCGAAGGCAGUUGAGCAAGACGAGCAGAUGCGAAGCCUCAUGGAGGACCUUGCGUUUGAGCGAAAGGCUCGUCAAGAGGAAGAGGCGGCUCCCCUCAUCAGAGGCGCACCACAGUGCGACCACGCUUCAUGCCAGGAGAACGCCCGCCGCCACAACCGCGUGUCCGGCUCGGAGAUCAGCGUCGAUUCCGGCUUCGAGUCUGAAGCCGAGACCGAUGCCGCAAGCGUCUUCUCAAGAAGCUGCCUCAGCCCCACCGGCACCGACCGCUCCUCCAUCCUCGACACCGAUACCCACGACAUCACACCCAAGGGCCGCAAGCCGCAACCCUUGAAACGUGGAAGCACAUACGAGCAGAGGCAAGAGGGCAAAGUCGACAUCGCAAAAGGCGGAUGGGGAUGCGCGAAUUGCCAGGGCGGUGCACAAUCCGCUGUUUGGGGUCGUCUGGCAAAGGAGCGAGAGGAGAACCGCUCGCUCAGACUGAGGGUCGAGACCCUGGAGGAGGCUGUUGACGGUGCUCUCAAUGCCGUCGCUGGCGCUUGGGGCGUGUAA